AAAGCUGUCAUCUCUCUCUCUCUCUCUCUCUCUCUCUCCUAUACUCCUCUGUUUCCUUUUCUCUCCUUACUUCAUCUCUGUCUUUUUCCGCUCUGUUUCUUUAUAAGCACUUCUCUUUCUUUUCCCAAAUCUUGGAGGAGAAGAAGCAAAGAAUUUUGGGGAAAGAGUAAAAAAACAGAAAAGGUUAAAAUCUAGUUUUUUUGGAUAGUUUGAUCUAUUGACCCAAUCGGCAAAAUCAAAACUCAUUUUUCUGUAACAAUGGCUGUUUAUCCUCUCCUUAACGGCGGCAACAAGCAUUGGUGGUUAACACACAAGAAGCUUAUUGAUAAAUACAUAAAAGACGCAAGGUCUCUAUUGGCGAGGGAGGAACAGACAGCCGCUGCUUCAGCCAUUCAUAUACUCGACGCCGCUUUAUCCAUCUCGCCGCGUUUGGAAGUUGCGUUAGAACUUAAAGCCAGAGCUUUGCUCUUUCUUCAUCGGUUCAAGGACGUAGCUGAUAUGCUUCAAGAUUAUAUUCCAAGCCUUAAGCUCGCCGUGAACGACGAAGACGGAUCCGUUUUAUCCGACGGCUCUUGCUCUUCCUCCUCCUCCUCCUCCUCUCAACUCUCCCGGAAGCUCCUCUCUCCGGGCCGUGACUUCUCCUCCUGCACCUCCUUCAAGUGCUUCUCUCUUUCUGAACUCAAGAAGAAAGUAAUGGCAGGGAUUUGUAAAAACAGCGAUAAAGAUAAACAAUGGAGAUAUGUUGUUUUGGGACAGGCUUGUUGCCACCUAGGACUAAUGGAGGACGCACUGCUUCUUCUUCAAACCGGGAAACGCCUCGCGACCGCCGAGUUCCGUCGUCAGAGUAUAUGCUGGUCCGACGAUAGCUUCUCUUUCCUUCUCUCCGAAUCAUCACCAUCCUCUUCUCCUCCACUCAACGUCACCGAAUGCGAAACCGUCUCUCGCCUUCUCGCCCACACAAAACUCAUCCUCCGUCGUCGCGCCGCCGCAUUCGCGGCUUUUGACGCCGGACAUUUUUGCGAAUCGAUCCGCCACUUCUCCAAAAUCCUCGACGGCCGUCGUCGCCCGGCGCCGCCAGGAUUCCUCGCCGAUUGCUAUAUGCAUCGCGCCGCCGCUUACAGAUCCGCCGGGAAAUUUGCGGAGGCGAUCGCCGAUUGCAACAAAACCUUAGCCCUCGAGCCGUCGUGCAUCCACGCGUUAGAGACCAGAGCAGCGCUUUUGGAAACGGUUCGGUGUUUACCGGAUUCGCUUCACGAUUUAGAGCACUUGAAGAUUCUCUACAACACGAUCUUACGGGAUCGGAAACUUCCCGGACCGCCGUGGAAACGGCACAAUGUGAAAUACAGAGAAAUUCCGGGAAAAUUGUGCGUAUUAACGUCGAAGUCGAAGUUUUUGAAACGAAGAAUCGCCGACGGGGAAAUCGGGAAUGCUGAUUACUACGGAUUGAUCGGAGUUAGACGCGGAUGCACGAGAUCGGAGCUCGAUCGAGCGAAUCUCUUGUUGUGUCUCAGGCAUAAACCUGAUAAGGCUUUGUCGUUCAUCGAAAGGUGCGAUUUUUCGAACCAACAAGAGAUUGAUUCCGUAAAAGAUCGAGCGAAGAUGUCUUCGCUGUUGCUUUACCGCUUGAUUCAGAAAGGUUAUUCCGUUUUGACGGCAACGAUAGCGGAGGAGGAACAGAGGAAGAAGAUGAUGGUGUUGACUCAAAAGUCAACGAAGACGGUUGAAGAAUACCAACCGGUUGAAAAACCUGGUUCAACCGCGUAUCAAGGAGUUUUCUGCCGAGAUCUUGCCGCGGUCGGGAAUUUACUAUCUAGGACCGGUUUUAACCAACCCAUCUCAAUGAAAUACGAAGCCCUCAGUUGUUAAAAGCUUAACCGGGAAAUUUCCGAACCAACAAGAGGAAACGACGCCGGUUCUGGAGGAGUAAGAAAAUCAGUGAAGUAAAUGUAUGUAAAAUGCAUGCAAGAGAAUUAAUUCCACUAGGAUUUUGUUGUCACUUUAAAUAUUCCAGUUUCUCCUACUUUCUCUGUACUUCUGCAAAGAUAAUAAUAAUGCUUUGGAUGUUUAGUGUUGGAUUAAAAAUUAAGAUACUAAUCGAAUAUUUCUAAUAUUUUUGAGAGGUGUUCC